AUGUCAAGAACCGCCGUGUAUGUGGCGACGGCUGCGUCGUCGGCGACGAUUUUGGCCUGCGCCAUCGCGGCGCUCGUCAUCGCCCGCGACAUUCAAGGGAUGCGCGACGACGUCAUGCAGCACAUCUACGAGUUUAGGGUCGGUUUUUGAAAAAAAUUUUUUUGACACAAAAAAACUUUUUUUCUGUAGUGAUAGACUGUGUCAAAAAUAAUCUUUAUUUAUACUUUUUUUGUCUUUCUCGCAUAGCUUUAAGUUAAUUAUGAAUGUCCUAGGCUUCGUUCAUGAUGGGUUUUUAAAAAGAAAUCGUAAUUUAUUCUGGAUAUAAAUUCGGGAUUACGCUUUGGAUUUACAUCAGGAAGUCUUUUAAUAACAAAAAAAAUGAUUUUUUUCUGAUUUAUUUCAGAGAUUUUUAGACUUUUUCUGUUGUAGUAGUUAAUGCUUCUCUAAAGUUCAGAUGAUUUGAGGAUAUAAGAAUAAAAUCCAAAAAUUAGCUCAGAUUUCAUAAAAAACGUAUCCUUGUAAGGUAAUUCUGUUAACUUUAACUAAAAUGAUUUUCCAUUAAGAUCAGCUUUGAAUCAAAACUUUGAACUGUUCAGACGGCAGCUUCCAACUCCUGGGAGGAGAUGAUGGCCCUUCAAAACGGCCAAACCGAGUCCCCACAGCCUUUCGCUUCGAUAAUCCGUGGACGGAACAAGCGAGCCAGCACUUGCAGUCAGUUUCUUUCUAGAAGCUUGAACUAAAUUUGAAAAAAAUGCGCAAAAUCACACAAAAAUAGUAUUUUUCAUGAUAAGUGCUAAAAAGAUCAUUUGGAGCUUAUCAAAAAAACAAAAAUGCUUCCCGCGCAGGACGGUCACCUUCAAAAUAAAACAAAAAUGAAAACAGCUUCUUUUGCACGUUUACCAUACGAAACUGCAAAAAAGACAGUAAAUCAAAGAUCUUUGGGGUCUCAUUAUAGCUGAUUCCCGGCUGGCUUGAGCCAUCAGAAAAAUGGUCCUGACACGAUAAUACACGAGAUAGCACGUGGCUCGUGGAGAGCGCAGACAGUACGCGCCCCUUUAGCGUUUCAAGCUGGCCGUGAAUCAGCUAUAGAUCCAUUUUGGCAUAUUGUCUCUUUGGCAGAAUAAAAAAAGUGACAAGCGGUCGCGGAAUCAGCUAUACUUGUAUAUGAAAAGAAAAAAAACAGAUGUUAUCAUUGAAAAAAUUGUAACUGAGCUUCUAGGAACCUGAUUUCUCCAGAAUGAAUUCAAAAAAUAUAGUCUGUUCAGAUUUUGAGUCAAGUCGCUGCUGAAGCUCCGCCCAUAAUGGUGCAAUAAACCAAUCAGAGAGCGAGCCAUCCACAGAGUGUUUUUGAAUGACGUCAUUGCACUUGACAUUCAAAAUCUGAACAGACUAUAUCUUUUUGAUGAAAAUUAGACUUGUCUAGUUCAGAAAAGAAAAUUUGACCUGCGCCAAAUUCUAGAUCAUUUUUGACCUGGCGCGACUUCUGAAGCCCUAGACUUCACUAGGUCAUUGAAAAUAUUGCGUUAUAGCUGAUUCACGGCGGGCUUAUUGAAAAAAAAAGUCCUGACACGAUGAAAAAGGAGAUAGUUCCUGAUUGGUGGAGAGCGCAGACAAGUCACGCCCGUUCGGCUCCUGAGCUACCCGUGAAUCGGCUAUAUUUCUUUUUUUUGUCAUUUUGUGUAUUUUUUCUCUUUAUCGAUAGAUUUUUGAAAGGAAUUUCAUUUUUCACUUAUUUCAAGCGCAUUUGAAAAAAAUUUUUGAUGCGAUUUUUUUAAAAGAAAUUUCGGAGGUUUUUUUGAGAAACAUAUUUGAUUUUUAUUUGGAGUUUUAUGAACUUUUUUUAAGCAUAUUUCCGUGUUCCUCAAGCGUUUUAAUCAUCUUUGAAACCGCAAAAAGUCUUCCUUGCUUACCCUGGAUUGAAUAACUUCACAAAAUUCAGGCUGUGGAGUCCCGAAACGCGACUGCCCUGCGGGUCCCAAAGGAGCCCCCGGAAGUCCCGGAGAGCCCGGAGCGAUCGGACCCGACGGAAAAGACGGCCCGAAAGGCCUGCUCGGCCUCCGGAUUCCUGUCCAUCAUACCAGACAGAGAGGUGAGGCUUGCCAGUACAAUUGUCAGCUUUAUAAUUGAUUUUUGAAAAAGAUUUAGAUGCAGAUUCUCACACUGAUUUUGAAUUUUUGGUCGAAAAUGUGUUUUUUCGAUUUUUCGAAAUACAAAUCGCUAUGAAGAAAAGCUGAAAAUCUUAAUUUUUGGCUUUUUAGUAGGAAUAGAAUCAAUGAAUGCAGUUUUUCUGGGUUAUUCUGAAUCUGUGGCUGAAAAAGUUUUUAAAAAAGUUUUUGGGCGCUCAAAUUUUAACAAUAAAUCCGUCUCAAAAAGUACAGUCUCCGUCGCUAAGAAGCCCUAAAACAUGUAAAAAAGUCUGAAAAAUCGUCCUCGACUUUUUUUUUAAAAAAUGGAUACCGGCUUUAUCUACCUUACAAGAAAAAAACUCGUUCAAAAGAGAAUUUUUUUCAGAUUUUAUCGACAAUAGCUUGUUUUAUCGAACGCUUAGCCCAGUUUUGAUCACAUAUUUUCAAAAAAAUCAUUGAAAUCAAAAAAGUAUCAAUCGUUAAAAAGCCCUUUGAAAGUAAAAAUAUUAAACUUUGGCUAUUAAGUGAGAAUAUAAUCAAUAAUUACAUUUUCCCGGGUGAUUUUGAAUCCGUGGCUUGAAAAAUUUCAAGUUGAAAUGGAUUAAAAAAAGUUUUUUUGAGAAAAUAUUAGGGCUAUACUUGGAAUAACCUCGGUUCGGCCGCAAACUGUGGGGGACUUGACAUCAAAAAAAUUUUUUUAGGUGUGCAAAAUGAGACUUGGCUCUGGCUCGGGGUGGGGGGCUUGGCUGACGCCAGGCUCACUCAUUUCAUGUAUGAUUUGAGCGCUCAAAUUUCAAAGAUCUUAAAGAUCAGUACAUUUUUAAUCGCUAAGAUGCCUUAAAAACGCGAAAAACAAGCCAUGUUCAAGUUUUUUGAGAGAAAAAGCUUUUCUGUAGUUACCUCAGCCAACUUUAUACCAAUCAAUAUAUCGGAAAGGCUUUUUUCUAACUUUUGUCGCUCAUAACUUUUCUCAUUGACAACUUGGGCCGGUUUUGAGCUCAGAUUUGGAUUCAGCGUGAAAAACUGCAUCUAGUGACGCAGUUACAUACAAAAGUAUCACUAUAAAAAUUUAAAAUCGAUGCUUUUUUAAGGAUGUAUCGUCUGUCCGGCGGGUCCGCCAGGAGCUCCAGGAGCUCAAGGCCACUACGGACUGCCUGGAAAAGACGGAGUUCCCGGAAAACGCGGAGCGCCUGGAGAUGACGGAGAACGAGGAGAGCCUGGACCGAUCGGAAGCGAGGGAGAGCGGGGGCAGGACGGACAGCCGGUGAUUUUUUGAAGGAAUUUCCAGAAAAGAUGGCUUGAAGCCUGAAAAAGGACUGAUAGGGGGAAUUCUCUGAAAUUGGCCAGAACACUCCUUGAUGGACCAGAAGAAGGUUCAGAAAGUCUCAACCUACACAACUUCCUAGUUUUUUUGGUAAAUAAGCGUUCGAACCCCCAUUUUAACAAAUUUUCAAGGUUUUCCUUUCGAUUUCAGGUGUCCUUUCUUGCAAAUGAGAGAAAGUUUGGAAUGUUGAGAUUUCUGGAACUUUUUUUCUGGCACGUCAAAGAGUGUUCCUAAGGAAUUCCAUAGAGAUCCCUAUAGGGAAACCUUAGGGGCCCCUCUAGGGACCGCUUUACCAACCCCUGUAGGGGCCACUAGAGCUUGCAAAAGUGGUCCCUAUAGGGGACAUUCUGGUCGAGAAUUUUUAUGAGCUCUAAGAAGCAUUUCCAUGCGAGAAAUUAAAUAAAUACCCUUUUUGAACAAAUUGAACGACCCCUAUAGGGACCACUUGAGCUCUGAGGGCUAAGGGGUCAGACCCUGAACCCCUAUAGGGACCACCUCAGUUUUACACUUAUAGGGGUCAUUUUUUCGGUCUGUAACGUUUUUCUGCACAUUUCUCAACGGCUUUUUCUUUAUUUUCAUUCUGAAACUCUUCGAAAUCCUUCUCCUGAUACUGUAGAACACCCGAAGUCACAUUCUUUUGGAUUUUUAAGCAUUUUAAUGUCGGCAAUAUGGAUAAUGAGCGGUUUUUUGCAAUUCGGCCUAAAAAAUGUUCGAAAUUUCCAGGGAAUGCCAGGCCAGCGAGGUCAAGACUGUGUCACUGGCCGUGGAGCUCCCGGAGCCCCUGGACGAUGUGGAGCCCGUGGAGAACGAGGAGCUCCCGGCCGAAACGGCCAACACGGCCGCUUGGGCAAGCCCGGCCCGCAAGGCCGAGUCGGAGAGAAGGGAUUGGACGGACUUUCCGGGCAUCCUGGAAACCCCGGAAUGGUAUUUUUUUUUCUUGUGUUCUAAUCUGUCGUACAUAAGGGUCCAUUAGAAAAGUUAUUACUGGAAGAAAUAUUUUUCUUCUUGAAAGGGUUCGAUUUUUUUGAGUUGUGAUCAACACCAGCUUUCAGACCGGCUUCCAAGGUUCAGACUUUAAGUCUCUUGUUUGAAAUGUAACCCUAGCAGUUGAUUUUUGAAAAGAUUUCAAGAAAAUACUACUUUUUUCAAAUUAUGAUCAACUCCAGCUUUCAGGCCGACCUAUAAUGUUGAGAAUUUGAAAUUUAUUAGGAACCUUUUGAAAAGUUAAAAACCAUAGAAAAUUGUGUGAGGUUAGUAUCAGAUCAGUAACUAUGACAGUAAGAUUUUUAAAAAAGUUCAAAAAAAGGCUAAUUUUCUAAAAUUAUGAUCAACUCCAGCUUUCAGGUUGGAUGGCCCUUUGAGACUACUUUUGAAACUAUUAACAAUGAUUUAAAUUUAGAGGGUUGGUAACGAAUCAGUAACUAUGGCAGAAAAUUUUUUAGAAUAGACGUUUUCAUGACUUUGAUCAACACCAGCUUUCAGGCCGGCCUCCAAGGUUCACACUUUAAGGCUAUUUUGAAAUGUAACGGUGGCAUUUGAUUUUUUUGGAAAGUUUUUUGAAAUAUAUUACUUUUUUUCAAAUUAUGAUCAACUACAGCUUUACAGCUUUCAGGACUGCCUUCAAGGUUGAUACUGUAAGACUAACUUUUGAAUUUCAACCCUAGAAGUUGAUUUAUGAAAAUGUUAAAAAAAAACGGAUUUUCUUGAUUCUGAUCAACUACAACUUCCAGGCCGGCCUCCAAGGCGACCACGGACAAGACGGCGAGUACUGCGACUGCCCGCCACGACGCGAAAGCCGUCUCCUCAGAGCUUGA